AUGGCCACUUCACCGCCCGCUUCACCUGGGAAUCUUCCCCAGCGACCCAUGAGCGCCAUGGUGCGACCCGCUCCACGCAGCAACAGCCGUAUGAGCAUGAGCAGCAAAGCCGGCGGCGGACCAGGAGGUGGUGGCGGCGGAGGAAGCAGAGCUUCUGACGAGGAUGGCCGCACAGCUGUGCGCGUGGCCGUUCGAGUUCGCCCGCCCCUGAAGCCCACCGACCCGGGCUUCGAGCUCAUUCCCCAACGAUUCCAACGCUCCAUGGUCCAAGUGACAUCAGAUACAAACGUCGCCAUCGAUUCCCCCCAGGGCAAGAAACUCUUCGUCUUCGACCGCGUCUUCGGCUCCGACACGAGCCAAGAGGGUGUUUGGGAGUACCUGACCGACUGUGUCAAUGCCUUUAUCCAAGGCUACAACGUCUCGCUGUUAGCCUACGGCCAGUCUGGCGCUGGCAAGUCCUACACUAUGGGAACGUCCGGACCUUUGGAGCAGAGCGACCCCGAAGUUAUGGGCGUCAUCCCUCGAGCUGCCACGGCUCUUUUCGACAAGCUCGAGGGCCCGAGAAAACAGGCGAACCGAGGAUCCAUGUCACAACUCCGAACGCCACAUCGAUAUUCUGCGCAAGGCGCUUCUGGCAGCGCAGACAAGAAUUGGCAAUUAAAGGCGACAUACGUCGAGAUUUACAACGAGCAACUCCGCGAUUUGCUCAUCCCCGAUCACGUCCCGCAACACGAGCGAGUCAACGUGACGAUUCGUGAGGACGUCAAGGGAAACAUCCUCCUGACAGGCCUGCGCCAGGUGGACAUCAACUCCGUCGAAGACCUGAUGGCUGCCUUGAACUUUGGCUCGACCUUGCGCCAGACGGACGCAACAGCUAUCAACGCUAGGUCCUCGCGAUCCCACGCAGUUUUCAGUCUGAACCUGGUGCAGCGCAAGGGGGGCCUACAUAACCCACAGGGCGCUGACAAGCGUUUCUCCAUGCCAGUUGAGGCCAUGACUGGUAAUGAGAGCUGGGUGACGACCGACAGCAAGCUGCAUUUUGUUGACCUGGCGGGCAGUGAGCGGCUGAAGAACACCGGCGCUCAAGAUUCUCUUGGGGGGAACGCAGUGACUUACAUGAUUGCCUGCGUCACCCCAGCCGAAUUCCACCUCAGCGAGACGCUAAACACAGUCCAGUACGCGCAGAGGGCCCGAGCCAUCCAGAGCAAACCGCGCAUCCAACAGGUGGAGGAGGGCGACAAGCAGGCCAUCAUUGACAGGCUCAAGGCAGAGGUGACCUUCCUGCGCGACCAAAUCCGCAAUGCUGAGCGGGGUGGCGGCGACCGGCGCACACCCGCUACUGAAGGUGGGAGGUCCGAGCGGCAGAACGAGCGGGAGACCGAACUCCAGAACCAAUUGCUGGACGUCCAAGAGACCUACACUACCCUGAGUCAGCGACACGCGAAGCUUAUCGCUGAAAUGGCCAAGGCUAGGGACGCUGAGCAGGCGGACAAUGAGGAGAAUGACGAUGCGCUUGGGGACAGUGCCACGGAACGCCUGAAUCGCUCCAACUCCUUCGCCCAAGCUGUCGAGCAGGUUGUACUCGAGUACGAAAAGACGAUCCGAUCCCUCGAGCAAUCACUGUCUAGUACCCGCGGCACUCUGUCGAGCACAGAGACGAACUUGUUGGAAAAGGAGACCAAGUGCGCUUACGUCGAGACGAUCAACACCCAGCUCCAGGCCCGGCUCCAGAAGUUGAUGGAUCGAGAGGCCAGCACUGAAAACUACCUGCACGACCUGGAGGCCAAACUUGACGGCCACACCUCGGGCGAGGAGAAGAACGCAACGAUUAUCAUUGAGCUGCGAAAGGAAAUCUCGCGCGUCCGCGAGAAUGAAGCGUCCUGCGAAGACUACAUCUCGACGUUGGAGGAGCGCCUGGCCGAGGCGGACCAAGAUGCGGAGCUGAUGCAACGUGAGAUCGACCGCCUGGAACAGGUCAUCGAGCGCCAGCGAAGUCUAGGAAAGCUCGAUUCUCUGCUUUAUGAGCUAGAUCACAUCCAGAGCGACAACAAGGUGCCAGAGCCUCAGGCAGAGACUGCGAACGGUGUCGGGCAUCGUCGCCAAUUUACCAACCACUCGCGAAGCCAGUCCCACGUUAGUCGUGUCAGCCACCAAGACGCCAUUCCCGAGAUCGAAGAGGAGGAGAGCCAGGUUGACGACGACGUCGACGCCAAGACGAUCGAAAAUGCCAAGGACACCUCCGAAGAUGAAACGCCUAGUGCUGAGCACGACGGCCUCAAAGCGGAGUAUGACGACUACUCACCACCCAGCCCUGCUCAGACCAAAUUUGUGGCGGAUAAGCUUGAAAAUGUGACACAAGAGCUCUUUGAUCUUCGCGUGGAACAUGAAAGCACCGUCAACGAAUACAGUCUUCUUCACUCUCGCUACGAGGAGGCUGUCCGCGCUCUCAGGGAGCUGCAGGAUACCGUCGACGAAUCACGACACCCCCACCGCAACGUUCGCGACUCCGUUCUGUCGGUUGUAUCACCAACGGAGACCAGACCAUCAUCCUUCACGUCCGAUGCGCGAUCCAACGACCACAAAGAGCACGGGCAGUACGCAUCUUCGCGCUCCUUGUCCUCGGAGCUUUCCUCUGCCAUGGAUUCCCCGACAACUGUCGACACCUCUGAUCUCGACGCUGAGACGGCCACUCUGAAGCCUCAGUCCGAAUUUCUGCCGGAGACCGAAACAGAGCCGGUGCCUGAAAGGUCCGAUAUCCAGGUCGAGGACCAUGCCGAGACGACGAGCAUCAAGAGCGACAUCGAACCAAAGAUGACUGCAACCGACUCGACACAACAGGAUCUCCUGAAUACAGAACUGGCCCGGCUGAAGACCCUGUCUGCGGAAAAGGAGGCUGCAGAGAAGGAGUUGGCUGACAAGUAUGCGCAACUUGAGCAGAAGCAUCAAGAUGCUCUAGACAUGGUCGAGGAGCUCAAGACAGAAGUCGCCCAGGCCAAGGCUGCCGAGGCUACAUCCCCGAGGGCCAGCCAUCCCGUCAUCCGCCGCAAGUCGAGCCAGAACGUCAUGAUCAUUGACCGCGCCCACCGCUCAUUCGCCUCGCUCCGAAAUAUUGCAACAGAGAACUUUGAAUCCCAGCCGGAUGUCAUGCAGAACUUUGAGCUGAACCUCAACUCUGCCAUACAUGAGUUGCAUGCUCGAUCAGAGAGGAUUCAAGAGCUGGAGGCUGGUGUUGCCGCGGCAAAGAGGGAGAUGGAGACUAAGAUGACCAUCAUCUCCGGCCUGACGCGAGAGCGGUCCAGCUUGAAGGCCUCGCCCAUGGACAUGUCUGUUGUGUCCACGCUCAAGAAUCAGUUGGAGAGGAACGAGUCACAGAUGAAGGAGAUGAGAGAGGCGCACAGCGCUAGCGAGAGGGAGCUGCAUGCCGAAAUUGAAGCACUUCGCGCCGCUGUUAAAGACGCUCCUGCGACAUCAGCUCCGACUGUCUCUGACGCAUCGGAGGCCGAGACAACCCGACAAGUCGUAGGAGACGACACUGAGGCAGACUCGUCCGAACAACAACCCCUCUCUACCGACACGGAGCGCAAGCUCAAGAGCCUUCAGGUAGAGCUGAGCAACUGGGAGACAAAGCAUAAGACUGCCUUGGACGCGAUGCAACAGACAGAAGCACAGAUGAAGAAGACGAUUGAAGAUCUGGAGAGCCAAAUCGCGACCAUCAAUUCUAAGGCUACCGCACGAACGGAUGCAGCGAGUGACGACGAAACGUUGGAGGCAGACGAAAAGCACCAAAGCUUGCUCAAGAGUCUUCGUGACGAGGUUGACGAGUACAAGUCGAUCAUUAGCACCAAUGCUAUCAAGGUGGCGGAUCUUGAGACAGCCCAUUCAGCUACCAAAGCCGAGUUAGAAGAGGCCAUCAAGACGCGUGAUCUGCACGAGAGUCAGUCCAACACCCACAAGCAGCUCAUGGAAAACCUCGAGAAGCAGAUUGCCGCGCACGAGCAAGCGUUGAAGACCCACCAAGAUGGCAUGCAGCUUCUCAAGGACAACCAUGCCAGAGAUCUCGAGGAAUUGAAGCAGGUCGAGCAGAAGGGCUACGAGGAGCAGGUGGCUGUGCUUAUGAGCGAGCAAGCUGAGAACAUCCGGGUUCUGGAGUGCGAGCUUGACGACGCCCGCGAGGAUCUCAUGAAGGUUGCCACCCAGGUCGCGUUUGCUCUCGGACUCGACGUUAGUGUCGAGAAGAUCACAGAACGCAUCGAUGAUCUGAUUGCUGAUCAAAAGGCGCUUGCGGAGGAGCAAAAGAAGACGGGAGACCUGGAGCGACAGGUUUCCGAAUUGACAGCCAUCAACGAGAGCGCCGUGCGCGAUCUUGAGCAAGUCAAGGCAACCUUGUCUGAUCUUCUCACUGCCAAGGGUGAGACUAUGAGCAUCCAGGGCUCUGUUACCGAGCAGAUGUCUGCCCUGCGUAAGAAGAUGGCCGACCUUGACUCGAGGAACAACAAGAACUCGCGUCUUGUCGAGGAGCUGGAAGACCAACUUCAGUCAAACUUUGACCAGGCUCAGAUCACCAACAACCGUCUUUCAGUCUUGCAGACCGAACGCCAAGCCCAGCUUGAGGAAGCCACUGCCGCAAAGACCAGGAUCGAGUCAGAGAUGGACCGUCUCCGCGCCGAAUACCAUGCUCUCCAGAACAAAUACGAUGAAGUUGCCACGGCCUCCGGCCAGCAGCCCCAGAGGGCCAACUCCCUAACGAACAGCAACCUCCGCAAGAGUGCUUCCGUCGCAUCUCUGCCAUCUCCGCCUCCCGCGAUCCCCCUCCCUCCUCUGCCCGGAUCCAACGCCCAGACCAGCCCGACAGUACCCAACACGCCUACUGGUGGACGGCCAGGCAGCAAGGACCACAUGGGAUCUCUCAACCAGAUUCAACAAGACCAGGAGGCUCGCAUCCAGACAAUCGAGAAGCACCUCGACGCCGAGAAGCAACUCACCCAGACGCUCGAGGAAGCUCUUACCGACCUCGAGAAGCAGUCGAACAAGGUCAAGGCGGACUGCGAUGCCUGGCGCAAGCGGUGCCAGCAGCUUGAGGGCGAACUCAAGGAGCUCAAGGACCGUCCCGCUCCCACGCCGCAGCCCGACAACCGGUGGAGCUUGCACGCGGUCGAGGAGGAGCGCAAGAAGCGACAAGCGGCCGAGGCAGCGCGUGCGCACCUCGAGGAGCGCAUGAACGCGAUCAACAAGCAAAAGAAGAAGAAGGGCUCGCUCAACUGCUUCUAG